AUGCGCUUAGAAACAGACUUAAAGGGCGGGGCCCCAGGUGGGCCCUGGCAGCUUGGCGCGUCCUCUUGGCAACGGGAGAACGUGCAGGGAGGGGCCCAGAGGCGUCGCGCCGCUGCCGCGUCCGGGUUGGGCGCGCUGGGGCGGGGCGCGCUGGGGCGGGGCGCGGAGGGCGGGCCGCUCGCCCAUCCUCUCCCAUCUUCUAGAAGGCGAGUAGCCUCCGGCCGUCGUCCAGCAGGAGCUUCUGGGCCGCCAAUGGAGAGCCAAGAGUUUUCCGGUUCUUCUGGGCUGUCCGAUGGGCAUGACACGGCAGAAAUAUCCGCUCGCUCCGAAGCCCUUCAGAAGCCCUUUGUAGUCAGGAUAUUUGACAUGCACAACCAGCCUGAGGAGUCUGAGGAGCCGGAGUUACCCGAGGAGGCCGAUGAGCAAGACCAGCCAGGCGAAUCCGAGGCGUGUGCAGAGUCCCACCAGAUCCCCGAGCCCCACGAGCCCUAUGAGCUCUACCAACCCUGUGAGCCCCACAGGCCCCCCAAACCCCAUACACCCUACAAGCCUCAUCCACCCCGUGAGGCCUGCGAGCCGCAUAAGCCCCAGGGGCCCCGUGCUCCCCGCGAGCCCCACAAGCCCCACAAGCCCCACGAAGUCGAGUUGCUUACCAGAGCUGGCGUGAUGGUCUCCCCGUCUCUGCUGACCAGAUUCCCGCCACGGCUUCCGCCAUCUUCCCUGAGAGUGGGCAGGGGUCCAGUCUUAGAACUUCUGGAAUUGCAUCUUGGUGCCAGCAGCCUUGGUGACCUUCACAUUGAAGCAUACCGUUUUGCUCAGGGGCCAGCCCUCACCCACUGUGUAAAUGUCACCGAUCUGGAUGUCCCUGAAGCAGGGGGAAAGGUGCACGGACAUGUUCUUGUGGUGCUUCUCGAAGUGGUUGUACUUUCGGAUGUAGUGGAGGUAGUCUCGGCAGAUGACAGUGGUCCUCUGCAUCUUCAACUUGGUCACCAAGCCAGACAGGAUCCGCCCUCAGAUGGAGAAAUUACCAGUAAAAGGGCAUUUCUUGUCAAUGUAAGUGCCCUCAAUGGCCUCCUUUGGUGUCUUGAAGCUAAGACUGAUGAUCUUGUUGUAUUGCGGGAGCUUCUCCUUGACAUUUUCUCCAAGCAGGACCCUCUUCUUAUUUUGAAAGAUGAUCAGUUGCUUUCUGUAGACACGCUCAGUCUGAAUGUCUGCCAUCUUCCAAGCUGCCUGAAAAAAGGUUCUGCAAAACAACAACCUUUUGUGGUACAUGACCGUGAGAAAACUAAGAUAUGGAGAGCUUUGGUAAACUUGCCCAAGAUCAGAGAUCCUGGUCCCUGUGACUUUGUAAGGAAAUGGAAGAGAAUUCAAGAUCUUUCUAGGCCUAAGAAACAAUGGGGAGCCCCAGAUAGAAAACUGUUUUGGGGAAAUCAAGAUCCUAUUCGCCCUGUUUCCCGGAAUGCUUUGAAGGCUCAACUGACCAAAAGACUUGAGAACCUUGCCCAGCCUAAGGAAGUCUCCCACCAAUAUGUACCUAACAGGGUUCAGUAUUAUUACAGCUGCGGUAGAGAGUCUGUAAUCUGGGAGAUCCCUUCUCCUGCACUGUUUUGCCAACCUUCCAAAAGGAUCCAGAAGCUGGCACAGCCCAACAGAUUCAAGAAAGGGAAUCUAAUAAAUAGGCCCUUCAGUGAUUACUUAAGAGAUUCUCUUCAAAUCUCUGAUCCUUCUCCCCGGAUAUUACAACUCUCAAUAGCCAAAGCCACAAAUCCAAACUAUGUUCCUCCAAAAAGCACUGAAACCAAAAUUGCGACGUCUGCCCUGACUGCUGUUGCAACUCCAAGAACUGUAGACCUUGCCCAUCCAAGGAUUAAGAUAGAGGGUCUGUGCUUUGAAAGAGAAAGAAGUGAAAUGCCCAUCCGUCCUAUAUCCUGUGCUGCCUUGCUCGCCAAACCUAGCCCUCGAAUACUAGCUCUAGCUAAGGCCAGGCCUCUUCAUCAAGAUUAUUUACCUCCCCGUGAUGCCUACUGGCCAGUAUCUUGUGCUGCUAUCCAUUCCAAGAUAUCUCCCAGAAUUCAAGAACUAGCUAAUCCAAAUACAAGGACUCCUGUGCAUAUUGUAUAUUAUGAUCCGGAAGUCUUUAAAGUCAAGCCAGCUGCUUUGAAAGCACAGUGUUCUCCGAGGAUCCAUGAGUUGGCACAACCUCUUACGCAUUAA